CAGGACAACUGUGUUCCUCUCCAAAACAUCGGACGUGUCUAAUGCCAAUCGUAGAACAGGGAGGGGCCGAGGUUGAUAGAACAGCUGGCGCAAGGCUAAAAGAUUAGAAGGUUGUGCUACGGUUGAAUAGCCGCAAAUUCAUGCCCACUACGAGGAGAAGGAGGCCAAAUUUGUAGUGGGAUUUUGGGUGCGGAUUUCCCCGAUGGUUGAAUGUCUAUGGCGCCUUCCUCAUUCCUAGGCGGGAGUCUACCCGUGGCAGUGAUCGUGCUGGUAGCCGUCGUCAGAGCCAAUGGGGAAGACUCUGCAGGGUUUGAGGCAGGAAUACGGGUGUACCAAGACGUAGAUGUAGUGGUUACACAGAAGAACGGACAGUUGUUACUCAACUGUUCUGCCACAGCCACAUCAGACUUUGGCCCUUUCCAAUAUAAGUGGCUAAAGGAUGACAAACUUAUAGAAUUUCAAGAAGUCAACCCCAAGAUAAAACUGCUUUCAAAUGGGUCGCUAUAUUUCAAAAAGUUCAGGAAACGAAAACGGCGGACAGACGAAGGAGAUUACACAUGUAUUGUCAAGAACAGCAUUGGUAGUGUUAUAGCCAACCACGUACAUGUUCAAGUGGCAAAUGUUGCAAAAAACUUUACACGCGAGCCACUUUCUCAGGAAGCUUUUGUAGGCGGCACUGCCCGAUUUGAAUGCCAGAUUGACGCUUUCCCUGCCCCAAUCUUCAAAUGGGAGAAAGCUCGCACAGAUCUACCUCAAGAUAGUGACAAAUAUAUUGUAUUCCGCUCUGGAGUUCUUCAGGUAAACAAUCUCACAUUAGAAGAUACGGGUCUUUACCGAUGCAUUACCUCUCAUGGGGAGCUACACACGCUCCCCGACGUCAUCGACACAAUACGCUGGCGCCACAGUAGAGAAGCCGCCCUCACAGUCAGAACAGGCGGAGCAAGACGAAAACCAAGAAUUAUAGACGGCAACUUAAAUGUGACAACGAAAACGGGUGAGACGGCCAUUCUUGAGUGCCUGGUCGACGGCACUCCACUGCCAAAUGUUACCUGGCAUCGACAGGAUCAUAAACGCCUCAGUCAACAUGCCUCCUACGUUGGACACAGAAACCUCAAGAUCCGGUCAGUGCAGAAGGAGGACGCAGGCGUGUAUGUCUGCACAGCCAGUAGUCGAGGCUUUAAGGAUGUCAGCAUAUACGUGACUCUUACGGUCAACAUGUUGCCAAUCAUCACAAGGCCACCACAGAUGCAGCGAUGGCCACGAGCAAGGACUGUCAUCUUUAAAUGCGAAGUUGAUGCCUUACCGGAGGCCAAAGUCCGCUGGUAUCGGGACGGAGAGCUUAUCAAACCUGGACAGCCCUUUGAGUUCCGCUCGAGUUCAUUGGUCAUCUACAACGUGGAGCUGAAGCAUGAUGGGUACUACCAGUGUGUUGCGGAGAACAGUGUAGGGAGGGACACGGCCUUCGCCAGACUGGAGAUCUUCGAAAACAACGGUUCCCCUAAACCUCCACAAGGCUUGAAGGCUCACGCUCUCACCAGCAAGAAGAUCUUCGUCCAGUGGAAUAAGUCUGAGUCACCACCUGACCUGCCGAUCCUCACCUACGUUGUCACAGUCUUAGCCUUCAAUGGAGCAGAGGCUCUUGGGACGGACUUCGUUAACGGAGAGGAACCGAUCCUCAACACCACCAUGGAGCAACUGAAGCCGUUCACCAACUACUCCGUGUAUGUCAAAGCCUUCAACAAGAAGGGAGCCAGCCCCCGCUCAGUCAACGUCAGAGUCCAAACACUUGAGGAUCUGCCGGUGGCUUCCCCCGAGAUCAUCCUGUCGACCACCACACCCAACACUAUCGUUGUGGAAUGGAAGGAGCUGUUGUCCACCCUGCGAAACGGCAUCAUCACGGAAUACCAGGUGCAUUACAAGACAAAGGAUUCAGGAGAGAUGGUUGAUACAGUUGAUGGCUCCAAGUCCUCCUACACCAUCAGAGAUGUGCAGUCGGAGGAGGAGUACUAUGUUCGGGUUUUGGCCAGGACCAAGAAGGGGUAUCCAGUUCUGUCCGAUACACAGUGGCCGUGGGUCAGCAUCCGCACUUCCAGGCUCACCUCCUCGUUUCCGAUUCCACACCUGCAGAUAAUGCGUUCAAAUGCCUCUGUGGCUUUAGUCAAGUGGGUCAUCGACGAUCCACUUGGCAAGGUGGAGACGUACCAGGUUCAGUUGAAGAGCCUGCAGGGUGAAGGCAUCGUCCUGCACACUGACACCAUUGUAGGCCCAGCGGACCAGUACAUCCUCACCGACCUAGACAACAGCACAGACUAUGAAGUGACGCUUACUGCAAGGGGAAAUGGAGAAUCAUCAGGUCCUGUUGCCAUGGAGUUUCGGACAACCGAAGAUGGUCCUGUGUUCGCAGCAGAGGUCCUGAAUGCUAGGACGCUGAAUGCAGCAACCAUCUUGUUGACGUGGAUACAGCCAGGCUCGCCCCACAGAAUCAAACAGUACGACGUCUGCUACCAGAUAGAGAUGGGCAAAACCCAGACUUGUAUGAAGAGCCACUCGCCCAGUGUCAGCAUUGCCGGACUGAAGCCAUUCACCAAGUACAGGUUCACUGUACGUACACACUUCCAGAACAACGACGUCAAGGUCAGCAGUCCACUGAUUGCACAGACACAGGAAGACAUCCCCAGUGCCCCGACCAACAUUACCUGGAUCGUGGUGUCACCAGGCACCGUGGAGCUUCACUGGAAGCCACCUGCCUCCCCAACGGCGUCAUCACCUCCUACAUCAUCUUCUACAACAACAACAACAAGGUUCCUGACACCAUGUGGCGCAACCUUACCCAGACAGGGGGGCUGACUCAGGCUACCGUUGAUGAACUGACUGCCGCCUCCUACUUCUUCAAACUGCGAGCGUGUACCCGAGCAGGUCAAGGUCGCUCGU